AUGUUCGAGGUCGACGAUGAGGAUGCAGCAGACAAACAGUUCGGUCACUCUAGUACCAUGACUGCACUAAGUUUCGAUGACCCGAACAAAGGACCUUAUGUGGAAGAAGAUUCCGUCGCCAGCACGGACAAUGUGGUGGCUGGACAACUUGUCUGCUGUGCGAUGUGCGCCUUACACAACAUGCAGUCGGACGAGCAAAUUUUUGCGUGCUGGCGAGCCGAGACCGUAGUCAGUCGGUUUUACAAGAAGGCAAGAUGA